AGACGAUCGAUGGCACCGACAGUAAAGGGCAAAAUUGGGACUAAAAAAAAUCCCACGUAACGGUGUAUGUUACGUGAGGGUCGGACUAUUUAAAGGCAAAGUUGUAUCAAACGUGAUCUGUGUUCCAAUUCAGGGUGCAAGGUGGACACAUCAUUUGAUCUCUAGUUGAAUUGAUAGCAAAGUUCCCGGUCUCAAGAUGAAGUUGGCUCUCAUCAGUAUCGUGCUUUCAGUGGCGGUGAUCUCAAAUUCUCGAGCUGAGCCCGACGCAGAGCCCCAGAUGAACCCAAAUGAGGAUAAGUCCGUUUCGGCCGUACCUUACGGCUCAAACCAACCAGGAGUCGAAGACAUUAGUAACGUUGAAGAGUACAACAGACCCGCCAGCUAUCCAAUGAACAACUACCAACCUUCCAUGAAUAACCCCUCCUGGGCCCAAACCGUUCCCGCUUAUGACAUGUCCGGAUACCCGUCCAACUCACCACGUAUGGGGAACAAUGGUUACAUGCAACCUCAAACCCUGCCCGAUAACUACAACUCAAUGCCCUAUCAACCAUAUUCCUCGCCUCAGGCUUGGAAUCAGGUCAACCCCUCGUGGAACCAAAACCGACAAAUCCCCACUGGCGUCCAGGAGAUUCCAAACUGGACACCUCCAGCCCAACAAUACAAUACCCCGCAAUACCCCAUGUAUCCCAAUCAGAACCAAUGGAACACCUUACCUGCUCAGAACACAUGGAACAACUAUCAACCACAAUCAGCUCCUAUUACGUCUACCUCUUGGUUGCCCAAUUCCGACAACCAAGCCAGCCAAACUUUUGUGCCCGGUCUUCCCACGUGGCGUAAGUCGUAUACCCCUCUCCCCGGUAAAAGUGGAUGCUACAACCGAUGCCGACCCAGCUGCUCCACUUCGUAUCAGGCCGGAUUUGGUUGCCAACCCUCUUGUCGAUCGUCUUGCAACGUUCGUCCCAGUUGUGGAGCUCGGGGCCAAGUCAACUGGAAGGGCAACACCAUGGUGUGUGGUCGGCCUAAUUAUGGCCAAUCUUGGAGUGGUUCUAACAACAACAUCCAAUGGGGAGCCAGUCCGUACAACAACAUGCAGGCUGUCCCUUCGUACAACGGCAUGCAGGGUAUCACAGCCUACUCCAACUUGCAGCCAAGCUCUAACCAGAAUCAAGGGGCCCAAUCGUCUUCAAAUAUUGACAAUGGCCAGAUGAACAUGUACGAGGAAACGGAACAGUCAUAGAAUGGGACACUCACUUUGAUCUCGAUACUGCUCAGAUCUCAAAUGAUAAAACAUGAUACGUGUAAAUAUGAUUCAAUGGAGCAAAACUGAUGUCUGGUACAAGCGCCCAUUUACUUGUGAAUCCAUAUACCAUCAACGUCUGAACAACCCUUGGUAUUUGAUGUGGGAUUGAAAAUUAGAGCAGUUUUAGGGAUGUUGUUCAGAAAUAAACAAUUGGAGUCGGACAGCUCAAA